GCGCGGAGUGUGUUUUGUUGUUGUUCAUCAGUUCAGUUGUCUGUGGAUUGUUUUGCCGGUUGCCUCAACCUUUUCCUGUAAUUUUGCCAAAAAUAAAGUGAUUUGUGCCGUAAAAUUUGUAACAAUUGUUAAAUCGUUGAUAUCGAUAGCCUGUUAGUCGUUCCUUGUAUGAUUUUGCGCUUAUCCUACCGCGAUGGACGAAGAAUCGAACAGUGAGCCGUCAGCAGCAACGGAAGCUUCCACAGUGGUUCCCAAACAGCAGCAGGAACGGAACAAAUCGGAUGCCGUGUGGGAGACGCUGAUAGCGACGCUGGUCGACAAGGUCAGCAAACGCAGUUCCUAUCUGGAGAAAAUCCUGGAUAUGAUCCGACGGGACCUUACGUACGAAAACCCGGGGCUGUUUCCGUCGUCGCUCUUGGCCACACCAACCGAAAGGGAUCCCGUCCAGGCAUGUAACUUUUGGCUGCUCAAUCAAUUGCUCCACAUUGCUUCGGUUGAGGAUUUCUUCAGCAUCAAGGAAAGUAACAUUUUGCUCCAGAAAGCGAUUCUCUCAGCCAGCUUUGUAAAGCAGGUUUGGUUCCUUCAUGAGGCAGCAGAGAAAUAUUUGGACAUAUUGGAUACACUGAAUUGCUACGAUUCCGAGAAGGAGAUAAAGCUGGAAAACUUCCAGAUGUCCCUGCAAUAUUUCGAAAAUUUGAAUUGUUCUUGCGCCUUCGCACCGAUCGUCAUCAAAGGCAGCGUAACGAAGAUCACCCUAACCGAGGUUUGCCUUCACGUGCUGAGUCAGGUGGUUAGCCUGGUGGACGAUUCAUGCAAUCGAAGGCUUCGCGAGCGUUCGGCCGAGAUAGUCAUGACUACACUCAUCAGCGGAUCGUUGGAUGAGAAAACGCUCUGCAUCAUGUUUUUCGGACAGUUUCUCAAAUUGUGCACUGUCUAUACACCGAAUUUAGAACACCUCGUUUGGGAAGUUUUGUCGGUCGUGGAAACUACUUUGGAACGAUUCAACCGGUGGUUGAGCAGUGAACUGGUUCGACUGAGAUCGCUGGAACAGUUCAAAACAGCUCUUGUAGACUUCUAUAGUAAACUGAAUGCUUUGAAGUACGAUCGCAAUCCGUCCGAAUUGCGACAAAAGCUGUUCCAGUGUUCGAUGAGGAUCAUAAAGAACUUGAUGAGCAUUAAGAAAGAUGCCGGAGAUCUGAAGUUAAAGCUUUUGGAAGAAAUUAGUAAAUUCCUGAAAGCUGUCCAGAACCAGUUUGGGGUCGACAUGGUUUACGACAUCUACGACGAUGUAUACGAAUUGUCGUAUCAGUUCCCGGAUCUUUUGAAUCUUCUGGAGGUUCCGAUCACUAGUGAACUUAUCGCCUCUAAAGAUGCAGGCGAUUCUUUGACAUUGAAACGAAGUCACUUUUGGAACAGAGCACUGGACAUUGCACUGGAAGGAGAGGACAAGUCAAAACAAAUGCAGAAGAUUUAUUUGUGCCAAAAGAUUGUCCACCUUGGCAUCAACGUCGUGUACAAUUUCACCUGCUGGUUACAGAAAGAAAGCAACAAAACGAAAUAUCUUUUGGUAUUCGACGGAAGAUUACGAACUUUUCUGGAAACGUUGUUCCAAGAACUAAGUGAGAUUAAUUUCACCACCGAUAUCGUUCUCCUCAUACUGGAUGUAUGCUUCGAUGCCACCCUGCUGAAGGACUUCGGAUCUCUGGACGUGGACUUCCAACGGCAGAUUUUAAGCUGGCUGUUACUCCCAUUUGCUGACGAUCAAAAAUCAAACUAUCACAUCACAAUACAAGAAAAUUUGAAAACCAAAUUCUAUGACGGACUUAAGAACGGUUGUGAUAUCAACCUUAUCAAAGCAAGAUCUUUGGAUCAGUUGUGUACCCUAUCGUUGACCAACAUCGGUGACUCAGUAGCGGAAACAGUGAAGGCCAGCUUUUGGGACAUUAUUCAAAACGUAGUUCGUUCGGACGACCUUCCCCUAAAACGAAUUCUCCACCGGUUCUACGUGAACGCAUUGCUCUCUUUCAAAUUCGCGCCAUCGCAACUUUACAGUGAGCUUCUCCACCCGGCCCUCAAUAUACAAGAAUUGAGACCCAUUGCCAUUCAGAAUCUCGCCACUCACUUCUGCAUGAAGUCCGGCAAUUUUUCUGUAUUUGAAGUCAACCGAGAUGGCUGCCUUCGAAGAAAACUCCGCUGCUUCCGGUGCAAACCCAGCGCCAACGAACAGGACAUCACCAGCACUCAGACCAGCCCGUCACAGAAGCAAGAGCUCUUUGCCCAAAGUGAUGGCAUACGUCUUACGCUCAACGAUCUCGAGCAAUACACAGCCUUCAAUAUCCCAUCCGACGACAUUCUGGAAACGCUCUACCAAUCCGAAGACAGCGAUACACGCGUAGAGAUGGUCAAACUGUUGCCCAUUUUGCUGAAACAUACCCCGGAGGUGGCGACAACUGAACGGAUGGUGAAGGCUUGGAGCGAACUGAUAACGUGCAAUUCGGGAGAUGCGUCCAUCACGUUCUCGAAGACGUUUCCCAUUCUGAUGUAUUAUGUCGUGAAUUCAUCAUUGGAACCCCAUACCAAGGAUAAAAUCAUUCAAUCCUGCCUGGAUAAGCUGCUGCAGGCGGUGAAACUAAGCCUGAAAAAAUCCGACUACAACUACCAAUCCGCUGUGAUGAACAUGGUGGUCAAGUUCGCCACCUGUGACGGUAUCACCGAGGAACGAUUGAUGCACUGCCUGCGUAUGCUGUUCUUCUUCCUGAUGCUCCGGGAGUCCGAAGUUUCUCGAGAGGCCACCCUAGCCGCUGGAGAGAUGUGCGAACAUCAUGGUGUUACGCCGUUGGAUAUGCUCCACUGGUACCGGCACGACAUGAUCAAGCUCAUAAUCGCAAUUUGUGCCACAAAUUAUUGCUGCUUUGAAGUGUCGCUGCAAAAAUCGCUCUACCAUAUCAGCCGAACAUUUAAUUACAGCGGACCGGUGAAAUUUGCCACAAAAUAUUACAAAAUAAUAUUAGCUAUGUUGCUACCAUGGUGUGUGAAGCGCCCAAAAUGUGAAAAGUUGCUGGACGAGCUCACUAACAUAAUACGAAGAGAUAAGGCCGUGUUGCUUUCGGGUUCCUUCCUUACUGUCUAUCCGUAUCUGUUCAUAAACGAACCUGCGAACAUCACGAACCAAUGCAUUGACUACAUCAUGACCAAUACAGGAAACACUUUGGUGCAUUUGCUGCACUCCGAUAUAAAGAAAACGGUUGCCGAGAUUUUAAUCUUCUAUCACAUCAACUCCGAGUGUGUUCUGCACGCCUUUCGGAGUAUGCUGGCCAAGGGCGAUGCCCAGGAAAUCACAACGACUCAAAUGGCCGACUACAUUUUUACCCGGUUCCUGGGUGUGUUGACGUUCUUCGAGGCCACACUGAUCAAUCCGGAAACGGAAAAGGCUUUGAAGCGAGAAACGCUGCUUAGUUUGGGGGAAAUAAUUCGUCUGCUCGGAGGGGCUCACAUUACUCCGUUCCGGUUUAAGAUCAUUGCACUGCUGAAAACGGCCCUAUCGUUCGAGGAGGCAACGCUGAAGAGUAUCUGUAUUAAAGUUUGGCGAAUUUUCAUCUGCACGGUUGAUGUUCAACAGCUGGGACAGUUGCUGAGCACGAUCUUCGUUUCUUUGGUGCAGUUCAUUGAUGAAUUUUCGGAGGAUAUCAACUUCAUAUUCCACUACUUGGUUGUGCAAAACAACAGUCUUUUGAGCAUGUACAUACCGGAUCUGUUCUUUUUGGAUGAAACCAAGGUAAACGAUGAUAUUAAGACCAUAGUCGCAAAGCACAUCAAGGUGGAAAAGGAUCAGGAUCAAUUUUCGCUUCGCUUUAAAGAACUUACCAAACAGGUGAGUCAUGAAAACCUGUCGGUGCGAGUUUUUGCGUUGAAAUAUCUUAAAAGAUUGUUUGCCAGCAGUCGGAAGCAAGUUAACGAUGCGACUAUUGGGCAACUGACUUUCAAUCCGAGAGUGGAGAGUUUGUUGAACAAUCUAAUUAAGAGCUGCAGCGAUAUCGAUGUCAACUACAGGCUGCGAGCUUCCGAAUGUAUCGGGGAAUUGGGGGCAGUAGCUCCCAGCUAUCUCCCUCCUAAUUACGCACCGCAGGACAGUUUCGCACUCAGCGUUCAUUCGGAUGCAUUUGCCAGCAUGGCUUUGGCGGAACUCUGCAGAGCUUACCAGUUUCAAAAGGAUACCAAACAUGUUGAUACAUUCUCAUUGGCAAUUCAGGAAAUUUUGGUUGAGCGCGGGGUUUCACCUAAGACUGGGAAGAAGCUCGAUGUUUGGGAGGCCAUACCUGCGCGACUGCGGCCAAUUAUGGAACCUCUGCUGACUUCAUGUUACACCGGCCUUGCAAUGAGCGCUACCGUUGAAUGCCAUCCAAUAUUUGGAAGUUCCAAAGCUCAAUCCUGCCAAGAAUGGGCAUAUCUAUGGGCUUGCCAAAUGAUCGAACACCUGGAGAAAGACAACACCCAAAAUCUUUUGAAAUCUUUCAAACCAAGCAUCCGAUGCGAUAUGAGCACGAUGACUUUGUUCCUGCCGUACAUAUUACUGCACGCCAUACAAGCAAGUCCCGAAAAUUGCCGAAAGAAAAUGGUGGAGGAACUUCAGUUCUUGUUCAAUGCCAUAAUGAACAACAAUCCGGAAAUUGAUAGUCCUGAAGAUCAAGAUCAUUACAUCCGAGGUCUUCGAACAUUGCAUUUCAAGGUGGAUGAACACUCUUUGCCUACGGCGGAUGUUGAGACCAGCGAUAUGUCUAAUGAAUGUGCCAAGUUUGCGUUCAAUUUGUUAGACUUUCUUGAGAAAUGGAAGCGUCAGUGGCGAAAGGUUUACCAACUUGACGAUAGCAAAUGUGACUUUCACAACGUGGAUUGGUUUGUCAACGAAUUCGAUCAUAAAAUGCUGGCUGACAUCAACUACAAAUGCAACGAAUUUGCGCGGUCGCUGAUGUACUUGGAAGCGUUUAUAGAGGACGAUCCCUCGAGGCUACAGCAGCACUUGUUCUUCCUGGCCAAGUUAUUCACCCACUUGAACGAUCCGGACUCGGUGGAAGGGGUCAUGUGUCUCAAGACAACCGAACCAACUUUGGCGGAACAGAUACUUCUCCAUAACGCCACCGGCAGACUCCACCAGACGGCGGCCUGCUACGAGCGCAUGCUUCAGGUUGGCAAUAUGAGCCCAAGGGAUAUCCACAACAUGGUUGAGUGCUAUCUGCGAUUGGAUCAGCCGGAAACGGCUCUUCUGCUCUCGGAAAGUUUGUUGAACAAAUACUACGAGAGUAAUGUACACACGCUGCUGCAGGAAAUCAAGGCCGAACCCUUGUAUCGGCUUGGGCGUUUCGAAGAACUGGAAGAAUUGCUCGAGUCUCCGUCGGUGCAGGACAGCGAUAGUUGGGGAGUGGUGUGCGGUUCCCUGAUGACCAGCUACCGCAAGAAUGAACACGAACAGUUUAUGCACAAACUAGAGCAAGCAAGGCUUGCCGUGCUGAGGAUUCUGCGCCAUUCGGAUCUCAAAAUCAGUGCCUAUGAGAAGGGCUACGAACAAGUUCUGAAACUUCACAUGAUAACCGAGUUUGAAAAAUGCGAACAAGUGCUGGAUAACGUACGUUCCAACGGACUGUCAAUGUGUCACGACAACAUAAAAAAACUGAUCGAAAACUUCGAAUCUCGUUUGGAACUGCUGCAGCCAGCGGCCGGUACAGUGGAACCAAUCAUAAACCUUCGUCGUAUUCUGCUGAACGAGACGAAAAUAUUGAUCAACGGUUUGCCAUCCAAUCACAGCAGCGGACAAACGCUCAAAGAUAUCAACGAAACCAUCGACAGUCACAUUGGUGAAUUGUGGAUUAAAAGUACGGAACUUGCUUCCAGGGCGAAGCUUUUCGAACAAGCACAUCUCUAUAUUCUUCACGCCGAGAGCUACAAACCCAAAGAACUUUUCAUCAAAAAGGCAAAAUUGCUAUGGGAAAAACGUGACGUGGCAAAUGUAUUCAAAGUUCUUGAACGGGGCCUCGCAGAAAUCAUGCAGACAGCCAACGUAACUGAGGCGAAGCAGUUACCUAAAGAAGACAGGAUGAUUUACGCACAAGGAAAGCUGUUGAUAGCUAUUUACAACGCGGAUUCGUCAAACGUAUCAACUAGUAUCAAUCAGAAGUGCUUCAAAGAAGCAGUACUAGCUAAUCCAGAAUCAGAAACUUGCAUGGUUCACUUGGCCCAAUAUCUGGACAAGCUGCACGCCAACUUUUCGACUGAUGACCAAGAUUCAACUAAAGGUUGGGAGCUGCUACAGGACGUGAUGACCUACUAUGGCAAAUCUAUGAUGUACGGUUCUACAUACAUCUACCAGUCGAUGCCAAAAGUGCUCAGUAUUUGGCUCGAUUUCACGUCCAGGGGUGUUCAGAACGAUUCCUACAGGAAGAUCUGCUCCAAUAUGAACAAAUUAGCGCAACGCUUCAGUGAGACCUUAUCGCCGUACUUCUUUUUCACUGCAUUCUCUCAGCUCAUGAGUCGAGUGGCACAUCCCUCCGUAGAAGUGUUCCAAGUCUUGAAAUCGAUCAUCGUCAAACUGAUCCUCACUUAUCCGCAACAAUCGCUGUGGAUGUUGCUCAGUGUCUACAAAUCGUCCUACGCAAAUCGCGUCAAGCGAUGCCACGAGAUAUUCCACGACAAGAAGCUAGCGAAAACUUCCAUGCAAAAGAUGAUCACCGAUUUUAACGCUCUUGCGGAAAAGUUCAUCGAACUGACCAACAAAGACCUGGGAUCAUCGAGGGAGACCAAGGGCUUGGUAUCGUCCGUAGUUAAAUCCCUUCCGAAACUGUUCCAGGAUGGGGUUCUGUCCAACAUCAUGAUGCCCAUCCAGAAGUGUAUGCAACUGGUCUUGGACCGGAAUUCUCCCAAUUUUUCGUCGUGUCCGAUGGAUUUGGUGUACAUCAAUGGAAUACGUGAAGAGUUUACUAUUCUUCAAUCGUUACAAAAACCUCGGAAAAUAACACUCAUCGGAAGCGAUGGACAUGAUUAUAUCAUGAUGAUGAAACCAAAGGAUGAUCUCCGAAAGGACUUCCGCUUGAUGGAGUUUAAUGCCGUUGUCAAACAAUACCUCUACAAGGACCCAGACGCUAAACACCGUCGUCUGAACAUCCGUACCUAUGCUGUCCUUCCAUUGAAUGAAGAGUGUGGCAUCAUAGAAUGGGUGGAGAAUUUGAACACAUUCCGCAGUAUCAUAUGUACCUACUAUAAGCAAAGAGGACUUGGCAUGCCGGCAAAAGAACUGCGAAACUACAACUUCAAACGCCAGGAGCUGUUGCAGAAGAAACGGGAUACAUUCCUAAACAUUCUCCUUCCGCGACAUCCGCCCGUGUUCGGAGAAUGGUUCCGCGAUCGGUUCUCUAACCCCCACAACUGGUUCCAAGCUCGAAGUUCCUACAUUCGAACUACGGCUGUAAUCUCCAUUGUGGGCUAUAUCUUGGGGCUCGGAGAUCGCCAUGGGGAGAACAUUCUGUUCGAUGCCAAGAGCGGCGAUUCGGUCCAUGUCGACUUCAACUGUCUGUUCAACAAGGGCGAAACGUUUGAAGUGCCUGAACUGGUGCCUUUCCGUCUCACGCACAACAUGGUGAAAGCGAUGGGUCCACUGGGCGUCGAAGGUCUCUACCGCAAGUGCUGCGAGAUUACCUUAAGAGUGCUUCAGAACCAAACACCGACGCUGAUGUCGGUGCUGAAACCGUUCGUGUACGAUCCUUUGGUGUCUUGGAGUAAAAUUACCAAACACGAUGGUACUACCGAGAGAACUGAUCCCCAGGCGAUGAACAACGUUAAACACAUCGAAGAACGACUGAAGGGAUACGUACGAAUAAACGGUAAAACAUCACAGAUGCCGCUCUCGGUCGAAGGUCAGGUGAACCAUCUGAUUACCGAGGCGACCAAUCUGGACAAUCUGGCUCAAAUGUACAUCGGGUGGGCAGGAUACAUGUAAAGUGAGUACCAUAACUAUUUUAAUUUUGCUGUUAUGUUAACUAUUGCAUAUUACAUAAUAAGUUGUAUGUUUCGUAACGAU